UUCCCAUACACACAUUGCCAUAAGUUUGAAUUUUGAGGGAGAAGAGAAAUUAAAAGCAUGAAAGUUUUAUAAUCAAUGGAUUUGCAGGGCUGUUGGUGAGAAGGGAUGUUCGAGGCUGGGGAUGCUGUCACAAGCAGUGGAAAUGCUCAGGUUUGGAAUGCUCUUAACUGGUGCAGUUGCUUUGGUGAGAUAGUGUGACUUGCUGCGGUACUUCUCACUAAACAAUAAAAAGUUGUUUGGUACACAUUUAUGUGCAGAAAGAGGUAUUCUUUUGGUGCAGUUAUCUCUGUAUUCCUAGGAGAAUACCCGUUACCUUACAGAGAAACGUUUUAGUGCUAACUGUGACCAUAUAAGGAGCUUCAUUUCUUUUAUUCUUAUUAUCAUACUUAAGCCUCAAUCAAGGAGGAAAAUGAAAAUAAGUUUGAAGAGACCAGUCUUGCAUUCUGCUGUGAUACAGCUGAGUGCGAAUUUAAAUACUGUGGGGGUUAUUAAGAAGUAUUAUUUACAAAGCUUAUGAGAGUUUGAACAUGUAUUUCUAGCAUAUGAUGAAUUUUCUGUUCAGAUGGAUGUUCAUGGCAAGAUCAGAGAAGUUCUUGCUGAGACUAUACGUGAAGAGUUUGCACCUGAGCAUCAACAGUUAUCCACGGAAGACCUGAUAAAAGCCUUAAGACAGCGAGGAAUCAUUGAUGAUGUUAUUAAAGAGCUUAAAUUUGUAACUGAAGUGAAUGACAAGGAGAGGACUUCAGCUCCAAAGCCAUCUACGCAUUUUGUUGACAGAGAACCACCAGUUCUGAAAAAAGCUAAUAUUGACCCAACACGGAGGUAUCUUUACCUUCAGGUUUUGGGCGGAAAAGCUUUUCUGGAACAUCUUCAGGAACCGGAGCCUUUGCCUGGCCAAAUCUGUUCUACCUUCACUCUGUGUUUGCAUUUUCGGAAUCAGCGCUUCCGUUCUAAACCUGUCCCCUGUGCCUGUGAGCCAGAUUUUCAUGAUGGUUUUUUACUUGAAGUACACAAGGAUAGCCUGGGUGAUGGAAGUAAAAUGGUGGAUGCAACCACUAUGUUAUCAAUAUCGGAUCCAGUGCAUAUGGUUCUGAUCAAAACAGACACAUUUGGUGAGACUACACUAGUAGCAUCCUAUUUCUUGGAGUGGCGAUCUGUCUUGGCUGCAGAGAACGGUGUAACAAAUGUUGCAGUUGAACUCCUUGGUGUAGGUACAGAAUCAAAGGUUUCUGUCGGUGUUUUAAACAUCAGGCUUGAAAUGUAUCCACAGCUAAAUAAGAUGCUGUCUCCAGAAAUCACUAAUACUCAAUUUUCUUUGGAACGUCAGAAAACAGCAGAAAAAGAACGAUUAUUUCUUGUAUAUGCUAAACAGUGGUGGAGAGAAUACCUACAGAUUAGGCCUACGCACAACAUAAGGCUAGUAAAGAUUUUUGCACAGGAUGAAAAUGGGAUAAACCGUCCAGUAUGUUCAUAUAUCCGACCACUUCGAGCAGGCCGGUUACUAGACACACCUAGACAAGCAUCACGAUUUGUCAGUGUCCUGGGUUAUGAAAGAGCUCCUGUCAUUGGAGGAGGUGGUGGCAAACAAGAACAGUGGUGCACCCUUCUUGCUUUUCUGUGUAGAAACAAGGGUGACUGUGAAGAUCAUGCUAACCUUCUGUGCAGUCUUCUCCUUGGAUAUGGUUUGGAAGCCUUUGUGUGUGUAGGAACAAAAGCAAAAGGAGUCCCUCACACUUGGGUUAUGACUUGUGGGACUGAUGGAACCAUCACGUUUUGGGAAAGCUUAACAGGACAUAGGUACAUCCACCGUCCUAUCAGCCCUGAUGAGCCUCCACUAGCUGAACAGCCCAAGCCACUGUAUCCUUAUCGCACCAUAGGAUGUGUCUUCAACCAUCAAAAGUUCUUUGGAAACUGUCAGCCCUCUGAUGCUGUGGAGGUCUGCGUGUUUGACCUGCAAGAUGAAUCUAAAUGGAAACCCAUGAGCGGAGAAGCAAUAAAAUCUGUGUGUUCCCCUGGAACAAUAUCUUCAAUUCCUCCUUUUCCUCCUCUCUGUGCUUCCACAAUAGAUGCUGCAAUAACAAGCAAUGAGAUAGAAUUGCAGCUGAGAAUACUAGUCUCAGAACACAGAAAGGAUCUUGGCCUUUCUACUGUUUGGGAUGACCAGCUAUCCUACCUGUUGUCACCAGCAUUAGCAGCCUAUGAGCUUGAACGGACAACAAGCAUUUCUGCAGGAAAUGAAGAGUUUCAGGAUGCUGUAAGAAGAGCAGUACCUGAUGGUCACACAUUUAAAGGGUUUCCUAUCCAUUUUGUGUACAGAAAUGCCAGGAGAGCAUUUGCCACAUGCCUUCGGUCUCCUUUUUGUGAAGAAAUAAUCUGUUGUAGAGGAGACCAAGUGAGACUUGCAGUUCGUGUACGAGUGUUUACAUACCCUGAAUCUGCAUGUGCUGUUUGGAUCAUGUUCGCAUGUAAAUACCGCUCUGUACUUUGAAAAACAAAAUCAUUCAAGCCUUUUUAGAUCUACAAAAUAAUGUAUGUUUGUAUAAAAUGAUGCAAUUAAAGACUAAUAUUGUAUUUUAUAUAAAUACUACUGAUUUUGAAUAUUACAGUGUGUGUAUUUGAGAAUUAUGUGUACACGGUAACGAUAUUUAUAAAGAGAAUUUAUUUUUAUUUUAAUAAAAGCUACUUUAAUA